AUGCGUGAGCAUCGAAGAAUGUCACGGCAAAUUGUAUAUAUCGAUGAAACGUGGCUGGACAGCAAUUUGACGUUUCAAAAAUGCUGGCACGAGGAAAAUAGCAAAAUUGGUGCCAUCGUAAACUGUAGUUCGAAAAAUAGACUAAUUUUUGUCCACACUAGAACAUCUGAAGGGUUCGUUCAAGGUGCGGAACUAAUUUACAAAGCCUCAAGCCAAACUGGGGACUACCAUGGGCAAAUGAACUUUGAUAAUUUCAAAAAGUGGGUGUUGGAAAAAUUACUCCCAAAUCUUCAAACUGAGAGUUUAGUUGUCAUGGACAAUGCACCUUACCACACUAAGGUGGGGAAUCCAACACCCACAAAAUAUGCCACGAAAGCAGUCAUGGUGGAUUGGCUGACACUGAACGGUAUUGACUGUGAUAUGGGUAUGAGGAAGGCUGAACUUUCUUCCCUGAUCGAAAACAAUCGCCCAAAAGAAGUGAUUUAUUCUAUUGAUAAGCUGAUUAAAGAUCAGGGACACCAUGUGGUUCGCCUUCCUCCAUAUCAUUGCGAUUUAAAUGCCAUAGACUAUGCUUGGGCAACUGUUAAAAGAUUUGUGAGAGUGAGAAAUACAACAGGAGAUUUAAGCCUUGCUAAUUUAACUGCUCUUCUUUACGAUGCUGUAAAUGGGGUGACAGCUGACGAAUAG